CUGGGAUCCUGCAGAAUAAUGUUCAAGGGACACUGAGGUAACUGGGGUGCAACCUAAGCUGAAGUUAAUUAAGCACAGUCAUUCUGUAUAGGGAGCUCAGGCCUCUUGGAGAAGCUGUGUACCUGGGUACAAUAGUUACUUACAGGGACCCAGUACUUUAUAUUGUUGUGCCAGUAAGAGCCCAGGCAUAAUGGAUGCAGAGUACAAGCCAAUCCCCCUGCGCUGUGUGCUCAUGGCUAUCAGCAUGGCGGUGCUGCUGAUUCUCCUCUGUGCUGGACCUGCCUGUACCCACAAGAACAGAUCAUUCAUGUUCCAAGACAAGGCUGUCACAGUUCUUCCCCCACAAGUGAUCCCUAGGCUGACCCCCCCGCCGGAGCCUUUACAAAGGGUCCCACAGCUAGAGCGCCCCCCUUGGCCUCCUAGAGACUCCUGGUUGAUGCUGCUGAAAAAUUCUGACCGUGCGCCCAACAGCAAAAAAAGAGGCCAAGAAGAAAGCUUGCGUCCAUGUCGCCGUGGCCCUAUUGGCUCCCCAGCACCCGCUAAACAACACAGUUACAAUCCAGUUUUGGAGAGGAAGAAGCUGCAUCAUUUCCUGCAGUUGCUGAGUGAGCUUUUGAGAAGGCUGAAUGGGGAACGUACUGAGAUAUCCAAGUAUCCACUAGCCCUCACCCCUUCCACUGUGCACGCUGCCUUUAUCUGCAAGCUAGGCCAACAUUCCGUUUUGGAACCAGGAGUCCGGAAGGAGUUACAUCAGUACCAACAGGAGCAGGAAGACGGCUCAUUCAACAGAGGAGCAGGUCUUAAUCUCACCAGUGGCCGAUAUACGGCCCCAUUUAGUGGACUUUAUGCUUUCAAUUCAAGACUGAAUAUUGGUUUUCCAGAGCACUCCUUAUUGGACAAAACAGGGUUUCUGCAAGUACAAGUGUGCAUCCAGUCCCUAUGCCAGAAACACUUGUCUCUACAGCAAAUCAGUCAGAUCAGUGCAGCACCUCACACACUUACUGUACAUGGAGUCCUGUACCUACAGGAAGGACAAUAUGUGUCAGUUUUCCUUGAGAACAGGAUGAGCUCUUCUAUUGUGGUGGAGAAAGGCUCAGAAUUUAGUGGGGUGCUUCUUGGACAAUGAACUCCUGCCAACCAACACUGCCCUGUGACCAGCCAUCUGCGCCUUUACUCAUGGAAGCUGUUGAGUUUGCAGAAGACAAAGGGCCAAACCGACCAUGAGCCUGGACUUUGGCAGAAAAAUAUAUGUAAAUAUAUUAGACAUAUGAUUAGCCAAACAAUGGCCUUGGCCCAACACAAUAGUGCAUGAACUGACACAAUAUAUAUUUGUCUGUAUAUUUGGAUUAUGAUGCAUUCGAAUAAAGCUGCAUGAUAUCA